GCUAUAUUGGGCCCACCUGCCUGGGUUCCAGCAGCUUCCACAGCCCCAGCAGCAGACGGAAGAUGCAAGAGGUCAUUGCAGGGCUGGAGCGGUUCACCUUUGCCUUCGAGAAGGAUGUCGAGAUGCAGAAGGGCGCUGGGCUCCUGCCUUUCCAGGGCAUGAACAAGUCGGCUUCAGCUGUGUGCAACUUCUUCACUAAAGGGCUCUGUGAGAAAGGGAAACUCUGCCCCUUCCGACAUGACCGAGGGGAGAAGAUGGUGGUGUGCAAGCACUGGCUCCGGGGGCUGUGCAAGAAGGGUGAUCACUGCAAGUUCCUGCACCAGUAUGACCUCACCAGGAUGCCUGAGUGCUACUUCUACUCCAAGUUUGGUGACUGCAGCAACAAGGAGUGUCCUUUCCUCCAUGUGAAGCCAGCUUUCAAGUCCCAGGACUGUCCUUGGUAUGACCAAGGUUUCUGCAAGGACGGUCCUCUGUGUAAAUACCGCCAUGUCCCCAGAAUAAUGUGUCUCAACUAUUUAGUUGGCUUCUGCCCCGAGGGACCCAAGUGCCAAUUUGCUCAGAAUAUUCGGGAAUUCAAGCUGCUGCCUGGAAGCAAGAUCUAAGUAUUGCUUCUUACCUAGUGGGGCUCUCACCAAUGCCACAGACAGGG